CCAUUUCCCGUCCGGCGCCCGUGGCCGCGCCUCUCCCUCGGCCUGGCAGGGCUGCCGUGGGGAGCCGGCGCGGAGCGGAGCGGAGCCGAGCCCGCAGGGAUGCCGCCUGCUGCCAGGGAUUGCUGAAGCUCUGAAGAGGAGGAGUAACAAAAGCUAAUCAGAGUUCUGACAGAAAUGGUUUUUCCCUGGAAUUUCCCCUGGAAUUUCACUGGCAUUGAUAGAUCUGCAGAGGACAUCCAGAUUUAGACAACUGUGCAAACUCGGGGAUAAACCUGUUUUGUCACAUUUUUCUUACAUAUUCUAAGGUGCUAAACAUAUAACUUGGCUUUGAAUAUGCAUCAUGUAAGAUACGUGUGUUGUUCAGCAUACAGAGCCAUACACGAGUCACUUCAGAUUCCAAGAGUGGGAUAGUUGUUAUUCGUGACAGCAUGUACAGCAGAGAUCGAAGGUACAGAAGCAAAAUGUUUAUUUCACAGUCAGUAGGUUACAUUUCUUAAUCACUAUGGAAACACCGAUGGGUGGGCCAGUGCAUUUUUGUCAACUUGUGUACAUCAGCAUUCUGUCUACAGCUUGUUGCAGCUUGCCUGAAAGGUUUCUGGGAGGGCCACCUCACAACCUACAAAUGCAAUCUUGCAAUUUUCAGCACAUUUUGUCCUGGCAGGCAAAAAGCGAUCCAACUGUGCCAACAUACUAUCGUGUGCUGUACACUGACCGCAGGAACUGGAAGACUGCUAAACAAUGUUCAGAUAUUACACAGCUCUCCUGUAAUCUGACAGAUGAUUUUAAAGAUAUUUUCGCUUACUAUUCUGUAUUGGUUCAGAGCUUCACAGGAACUGAAGUGUUAAAUUCUUCUGUACUUCAUUUUAUGCCACUUAGUGACACGUUCCUAGGACCACCAGAAGUUAAUAUCAGUUCCUGUCUAAACUGCAUAAGUGUUACCAUAAAGCUGCCAACCUCUCAUGCCAGAAAAAAUGAAAAGCUACAGUCUUUAAUUGAUAUAUAUAAAGAGCUUGAUUAUGGUAUAACACUGAAAACACUUGAUGGAGAGCAUAAGAGGCCACGUGAGAAAACCACUGAAGAAAUUUUUACUACGGUCAUUGAAGAAUUGUAUCCAAAUAGAAAUUACUGUGUGUCUGUUAUGGUCACUGCAUCUCUAAACAAACAUUCCAUCCCAUCAGCCUGGAAAUGUGUAACUGCAGACUCUGUAGCUCAACAAGAUUAUCAUACAGUUGGAAUUGCAGGUGCUAUAUGUUUUUCACUGAUGGUAGCUGGUGCCCUGAAGUGUAUGCAUGCAGGAGGUUAUAUUCUUCAAAAAAAAUCACUUCCACGUACCUUGGUAUUCAUUAGGACGUUAGCCUAUUCACCUUGGACAUUUGAAUCUGAAGAAAUAGCCUCUGUAGAGAUCAUUUACAAAGAGGUUAAAAAAAAGGCAAAUGAAUCCAUUGGUGGCAUCAGUGAUGAAGAUGACAGCGAUGACAGUGACAGCGGUGCCAUAAGUAACCAUGACUAUACAAGGCGUGGUAUCAUAAGUAGAGUACCUCAUUCCUCUGACACAACAAAUGUAUUUGUGCCGUACUCUACAAAUAGUACAUGUGACAACAGCAGCAGCCAGGCAAGUGAAAAUCCAGACGCUGACCCAGAAGAUUUUGAAGAGCAUGAGAUGGACAUUGAAGAAGACAACACAAGUAGUGAGUUACUUAAUCCUUUCUCUGAGGUAAAUUGUAACUAUUCUUCUAGACAAAGGAACAGUGCUUGCUUUACCAUUAACUUGAAAACUGUGCUGUUGGGAACCUCUGAAGAGAAUGUGGAUAGUUCUGUAGCUCUUCUUUCAUCCCAAGAAGGUCCAGUUGACUGGCAAUGUACUUGUGAUUUUGAAGCAAAACUGGAUAACACAGAAAGUGUGCAGAAACCACACUGUCCUAGCAGCUCUCGUGAAUGGCAAAAUUCCUCCCGUUCUUCUGAUGAAAGUGACUCAUCAGAUUCAGAUAUGGACCAAAAAACUGAAUACAUAAGAAGAUGAAUAAGUGAGAACCACUAUUACUUUAUAACAUAUGAAUUGAUGUUGUCCAACUUUUAUUUCUGGACUCAACAUACAGAUCUUGUCUUAUUCUUUUCUUAACAUUCUGUGAGUAUAUGCCUGAACACUGAAAAUACACAGCACUCAUUUUUAACAAAUAUUUCUCUGAUCUCUCCAGGUUGCUCCAGGUAUGAUUCAGAUUGGAUUAUCCACAGAGAAACAAAAAUGACUGUUCAGAUGCAGCAGAAAGAGUAGUUAUUUCAUUUUGCAGUUUGAUAGUGAAUUAUACCUUUUAGCUGUUAUAAAGUAAAUAUUUUCUCUAACUCAAGUGAGAAGUUAGUUUGCCUUACAAGGAGUUGUAAGUGGCAGGUUGCUCAACCAGACUGCUUUUUUAAUUUUCCUUUUUUAUUCUUUAGCUCUGUUGAUGGAUUACUCUGAAACCUGUUUUACUGGAUGGAUUGCUAUAUUCAAGUCAGUGGACUGAUUUCUAUGUUUGUGCAGGGAAAGAUGAUCAAUUGAAAUAAUGGAGGCAGAGAUAAGAAUACUCACAAAAGAGUUUUUACUGUGAAUCAAGGCAUUAAAUACACGUCUUUAUAAUUUUUAAUAUAAUUUUGUGCCAUUAUUGAAUACUGCACUUAUUUUUAAAAAUAUGACAUUUAAAAGUUACUGCAGUGUACAAUUAUAUUUUAACAUUUGUGCUUCAUAAAAAGAAAUUUUUUUCAUA